ACACAUAUUCCCUUUUCCUCCGUGUCACUUCCCAAAAUAGAAAAUCCAAAGCAAACACUGAAAUCUGAUAUGAUACCCUCUCCGUUUCAUUAUUCAUUCCUUCCAUACAACUUCUCUCUAAAUCUGAGUUCUUAACUUCCUCUUGUCACAACCCACUCAGAUUUGAUCUCGACCCAGUUAAUCUUUGAAUCAGUUAUCACUGUGUCAAUUUCUUGCAAACCUUGUGAGGAAGCUGAACCAUGUUACCUAGUUUGGAAUAUUGGGGUUGCUAGUUUAUGAGUUGUUUUGGAUGGUAAAUUUGGUGGUGCUUCAUGUCUGGUGAAACAAGAUUUGUGCUGUGAUCAGUUUUAGUCCAUAUCUGAGCAGUGAAAAGUAUAUCUGGAUUUGCAUUACUUUCAACUGAUAAAUGUCGAGGGGAAGACCUGAUGGAUCUAAGAAGCGUUUAAUUGCUUCCGUUUGUGGUGCGGCAAUCUUUCUUGGUUUUAUAUAUGUGUACCAUGGAUCCAUAUUUGGUUCUCAGAAUGGUGGUUCAGCUGCUCUUGAAUAUGGCAGCAAGUCAUUGAAAAGACUUGGUGCAACAUACUUGGGUGCAGAAGAUGAUGCUGAUAGCAAGCAAGAUGAAUCUUCAUCAAGUCUUGUGCAGGGAGAUGGUGAAGAUGAUAUUAUACCAAAGAGUUUCCCUGUUUGUGAUGAUCGCCAUUCUGAGUUGAUUCCUUGCUUAGAUAGACAUCUUAUCUAUCAAAUGAGAUUAAAACUGGAUCUUUCUUUGAUGGAACACUAUGAGAGACAUUGUCCGCCUGCAGAAAGGAGAUUCAAUUGUUUGAUUCCUCCUCCGGCAGGAUACAAGGUCCCUAUUAAGUGGCCACAGAGCAGAGAUGAAGUGUGGAAAGCAAACAUACCACACACUCACCUUGCACAUGAGAAGUCUGACCAGAACUGGAUGGUUGUAAAAGGUGAAAAGAUAGUGUUUCCUGGAGGAGGGACACAUUUUCACUAUGGAGCUGACAAGUACAUUGCAUCAAUUGCAAAUAUGCUCAAUUUUUCAAACGAUAAUCUUAAUAAUGAAGGAAGACUGCGGACAGUGCUUGAUGUUGGCUGCGGUGUUGCGAGUUUUGGAGCUUAUCUUCUUUCAUCUGAUAUCAUUGCAAUGUCCGUGGCACCUAAUGAUGUGCACCAAAAUCAAAUUCAGUUUGCUCUAGAAAGAGGAAUUCCUGCAUAUCUAGGUGUUUUGGGAACUAAGAGACUCCCUUACCCUAGCAGAUCUUUUGAACUUGCACACUGUUCUCGAUGUCGGAUUGAUUGGCUUCAAAGGGAUGGAAUACUACUACUUGAGCUAGACCGGUUGCUUAGGCCAGGAGGUUAUUUUGCAUACUCAUCUCCAGAAGCAUAUGCUCAGGAUGAGGAGGAUCGAAGGAUAUGGAGAGAAAUGAGUACCCUCGUGGCACGUAUGUGUUGGAGAAUCGCUGCAAAGAGGUUUCAAACUGUCAUCUGGCAAAAACCUCUUACAAAUGAAUGCUAUAUGCAGAGAGAACCCGGCACUCGCCCUCCUCUUUGCCAGACUGAUGAUGACCCAGAUGCAAUUUGGGGAGUGAAUAUGGAAGCCUGCAUAACACCUUACUCAGACCAUGACAAUAGAGCCAAGGGUAGUGGAUUGGCUCCAUGGCCUGCAAGAUUGACUACUCCCCCUCCUAGAUUAGCUGACUUUGGCUAUUCAAAUGAAAUGUUUGAAAAGGAUACGGAACUGUGGCAAGGAAGAGUUGAGAAUUACUGGAAUCUGUUGGGUCCAAAAAUUUCAUCAAACACGUUGAGGAAUGUGAUGGACAUGAAAGCAAGCAUGGGUUCAUUUGGAGCUGCUUUUAGAGGCAAGGAUAUUUGGGUGAUGAAUGUUGUACCUCGUGAUGGACCAAACACACUUAAGCUUAUAUACGACAGAGGCCUCAUAGGGUCUAUCCAUGACUGGUGUGAAGCAUAUUCAACAUAUCCUCGGACUUAUGAUUUACUCCAUGCAUGGACCGUGUUUUCUGACAUUGAAAAGAGAGAUUGCAGUCCAGUAGAUCUAUUGAUUGAAAUGGACCGUAUGCUUAGGCCUACUGGUUUCAUCAUCAUAAGGGAUAAGCAACAUGUGAUUGAUUUCGUCAAGAAGUACCUAACAGCAUUGCACUGGGAAGCAGUUGCAACUGCAGAUUCCAGUUCUGAAUCUGACCAAGAUAACAAUGAAGUUAUUUUUGUCAUCCAGAAGAAAUUGUGGCUCACCACUGAAAGCUUUAGGAAUACAGAAUGAAUAGGACAAGACAACCACAACAACUACAUGGCUUUUUCAUUUCCUCUUAUAUAUUAUUGUCUGCUGCUACUACAACGGAUCCCAAGCAUGCAUGCACCCAGUGUUGGAAGCAGUCAACAACUGCAUUUUGUAGCAUUAUUACAUAAUAUUUAUCAUUUUCCUUCUUUGUAUUCUCAUUUUUGUGUUAAUGAUGCAAGUUAUUAUUAAGCCAUAUGCAUUAUGCUUCUAUAGGCUAUUCAUUAUUUUGCCCCUCAUUUGGAUAUAAUGUAAGCUACUUAAUAAUCAACACAUAGUAAACUUUGUCUUGGUGAUCAAAGUUUAGGACUUGUCACACUAAAGUGUAAUAUUUAUACAUGUAUUUUUCUGCUUGAAA